GUUGGUUUUGCGCUUAAAAGAAUCUCUCUGCUUUAAAACAAAAAAACAAAAAAACAAAGAGAGAGAGAGAAGAAGAAGAAUCCAUCAUAAUUAAUUAUGCCCGCCUUAUCUCACUACAGAUCAGUAUCAUCUCUACCGUCCGUUGACCGACCUUUGCUUGUCAUCCAACGGCUCAGGAUCCACGGGAGCUCCUCUUCCUUGCCGGAAUCUUCUCCCUCCUCCUCGGCUCUUCUACCCGUCGCCGAUCCUUCCGUAUCUGGCGGAUCUCUGGCUAAAUGGAUCUCCGGGAUUACAGCUGGCUCCGCCUUAGGGUUUCUGUAUUGGUCCUCCUCUGAUUCUCCUGGUUUAUUUUCCUUCGCUGAUAGUUCAUCUUCAUCGCCUCCUUCUGUUUGUGGAGUUAAAGUCGGCGAUCUCAAACCGAGAUCCUUUAUUCCCAAAUUGUCCUUGCCUGGUUACAGCUCCGGAUUCAUCUUCGGAGAUGCGUUCAGAAGGAAGAUCUUCUUCAAUUACGAGAAACGUCUGAGAUUACAAAGUCCUCCUGAAAAGGUUUUCGAGUACUUUGCAUCGGUUCGGACAGAAGAAGGAGAAAUACUAAUGAAGCCGGCAGAUUUGAUGAGGGCAAUAGUUCCGGUGUUUCCUCCAUCAGAGUCUCAUCUCGUAAGAGAAGGUUAUCUGACUGGGGAAAGAAAUCCCGGUGAACUUAGAUGCUCUCCUUCCGAGUUCUUCAUGCUCUUUGAUGUUGAUAAUGAUGGUCUUAUCUCCUUCAAAGAGUAUAUAUUCUUUGUGACAUUACUCAGCAUUCCUGAAUCAAGCUUUGCCGUGGCUUUCAAAAUGUUUGAUACUGACAACAACGGGGAGGUUGACAAGGAAGAGUUUAAGACAGUGAUGAGUCUGAUGCGAUCUCAACAUAGGCAAGGAGUUGGUCACAGAGAUGGCCGUCGAACUGGAUUACAUAUGACCGGCUCUGUUGAGGAUGGAGGCUUGGUAGAAUACUUCUUUGGAAAAGAUGGCAGUGAGAAACUGAAACACGAUAAGUUUACUAAGUUUAUGAAGGAUCUAACUGAAGAGAUGCUGAGGCUGGAGUUUGCACAUUAUGACUAUAAACGAAGAGGAAGUAUAUCAGCCAAAGAUUUUGCAUUGUCUAUGGUGGCAGCGGCUGAUGCAAACCAUUUGGGCAAGCUGCUUGAUCGAGUUGAUGGUCUGAGCGAGCACCCGCGCCUCAGGGACAUGCGUAUCUCACUAAAGGAAUUCAAACAGUUUGAUGAGCUACGCAGUAAACUUGGACCAUUUUCUCUAGCGCUUUUUGCUUAUGGCAAAGCCAACGGUUUACUUACAAUGAAGGACUUCAAACGAGCCGCUUCUCAGGUAUGUGGAAUAACUCUGUCAGACAAUGUGAUAGAGAUUGCGUUUCAUGUGUUUGAUUCAAAUCGAGAUGGGAGUUUGAGUGUGGAUGAGUUUUUGCGGGUUCUGCACCGAAGAGAGAGGGACGUGGCACAGCCGAUUGCCAAGGGACUGUCACGGUACUUCUCAGAUGGAUGGAAUGGUUCUAAGAAUUGUUCCUGAUCGUGAAGACUCUUUUUCGUCUUUGGGGCUUACGGAUGAAACUCGGAAGACUUUUUUUGGGCUCUUGGGUUCUCAUACGAGUGAGCCCAGAGAUUGAUGAUAUUACUCCACGCUUGCAUUGUAAGAAGAAUUCUGAUGUGUAUAGUUUGAUGGAUCUAUGAACUACUCUUUUUUGUUAUCUAAUGAUAAAUGGUAAUUGCAUAACAAA